CCUUGUAUUGAUGUGCCUUUUUUGCCUGGGCUUCUUUUACAGAGAUUUAAAAUUUAGGCACCACCUGUUGCUCUGAAUCUACAGCAAGGCCACUGAAUAUCAUAUACGACUGGAAAGCAGGAAAGCUAGUUCUUUGCUCUGAAGCAGUUGUAGACAAGAUGUCCACGGGUUCGGUGAGUGAUCCUGAAGAUCUCCAGGAGCUGUCAAUCACUCACAUGGACACACGUUCUCUAGAAGACUCAGAAGACGAGUUUAGUAUCGAUGACAGUCUGAAAGCAAAGACCAAACAUCCUCGAGCUGCUGCCAACAACAACAAGCAACAAAUGAAGAUGGGGAAGGAUGGCAGACAGUCUCAGAGAAACGCAGCUAACGCCAGAGAGAGGGCACGGAUGAGGGUUCUGAGUAAAGCGUUCUCGCGGCUGAAGACCAGCCUGCCGUGGGUACCGGUGGAUACCAAACUGUCAAAGCUGGACACGCUGCGUCUGGCAUCCAGCUACAUUUCUCACCUCAGACAACUCUUGCAAAAAGACAGAUAUGAGAACAGCUUUGUGCAUCCUGUAAACUUGACCUGGCCUUUUGUGGUCUCGGCACGAUCAGAGGACACCAAAGACAUUUCAGCAGCGGUCAGACUAUGUGGAGCUACAGCAUAAACAUCUGGCACCUCUCUGUCUUUUAUCCCCCUCCAUCUCUCUCUCUCUUUCUCUCUCUUUUUACUGUCUGUACUCAUGCACUUCCUUUGAACUAACAUCAAUGGACAUUAUGCAUUGAAUGCAACUGCAUGUGGGACAUACAAGUAGUUAAACAGCAAAGUCAUUGCACACAAAUCUGUGAUUAUAUACUGUAUAGACAGAUGUUUUUUAUG